AUGGCACCCGAAAACCAAACCUCCGUCCGAGAGUUCAUCUUGGUGGGCCUCAGCAGUCACCGCCCAACCCAGCUUCUACUCUUCUUCAUGAUUCUCCUCGUAUAUUCACUUACCCUUCUGGGCAACCUGGUGAUCAUCAUGCUCGUGCAGGCUGACCCUAGACUCCACACGCCCAUGUACUUCUUCCUGACUCACCUCUCCGUCUUGGAUAUCUGCUACACCACCAGCACCGCUCCCCAAAUGCUAGCUCACCUGCUCUCCGGAAAUGGAGCUAUCUCCCCCACUCGUUGCGCAAUCCAAAUGUACACCACCAUGAUGCUAGGCGGCACAGAGUGCUUCCUGCUGGCUGUCAUGGCCUAUGACCGCUUCCUGGCCAUCUGCCAUCCACUAUUAUAUACCAUCGCCAUGGACAGGAGCCGCCGAUGGCAGCUCGCUUCAGCUUCCUGGGUCAUUUGCUGCCUCAUCGCAGCGUUGAACAUAGGCUGCACUUUCCGCCAUCCCUACUGUGGCCCCAACCACGUCAACCACUUCUUCUGUGAGCUACCGCUGGUGUUGAAGCUCGCAUGUGGCGACACCUAUGUAACAGAAACCAUUGUUUUCUGGACCUCUGUAGUGGUCCUCCUCUGUCCUCUUUCUGUUGUCCUAACCUCCUAUGGACUCAUCCUGUCGUCUGUAUUAAAAAUGGGAUCAAGGGCUGGUUGGCGCAAGGCUUUCUCCACAUGCGCCUCCCACUUGGCUGUGGUCAGUUUGUACUACGGCACCCUCAUCCUCAUGUACUUGAAGCCAGCAUCAGCCGAUGCUCCCAACCAGGACAAGCAAAUUGCUUUCUUUUACAUUGUGGUCACCCCCCUGCUCAACCCGGUCAUUUACACCUUGCGUAACAAGGACGUCCAUGGGGCAGUGGCCAGGGUGAUGAAAAAAACAAACAAACUUUAA